AAAAAUUACCUGAUUGCACCAAAAGGUCCUAUUUGUCCAAUUAUGGUGGAGCCCGGGAACCCUUUUUUUAAAAUACCGCGGCCAAUCAGAAAUGAAGAGGUGGCUAUAAAUGUCCACGAGGUCGCCUUAGAGGCUCAUUCCUUUUUGUUGUUUGGAGAUUUUGAAGUUCUCUGUUUUAGGGAAAGAGAAUGGCUCGUACCAAGCAGACUGCCCGUAAAUCUACCGGUGGAAAAGCUCCCCGGAAGCAGCUGGCUACGAAGGCUGCCCGGAAAAGUGCUCCAGCUACCGGCGGCGUUAAAAAGCCUCAUCGCUACCGGCCGGGUACUGUGGCUUUGCGGGAAAUCCGGCGCUAUCAGAAAUCCACAGAGCUCUUGAUCCGCAAAUUGCCUUUCCAGCGUUUGGUGCGCGAGAUCGCCCAGGACUUCAAAACCGACCUGCGCUUCCAGAGCUCGGCGGUGAUGGCCCUGCAAGAAGCCAGCGAGGCUUACUUGGUGGGUCUUUUCGAGGACACCAAUCUCUGUGCCAUCCAUGCUAAACGGGUCACUAUCAUGCCGAAAGAUAUACAGCUCGCCCGGCGCAUCCGCGGAGAAAGAGCUUAAGGCGGCCCGCUUUCUCCUUGAUUCACACUUAAUAACACAAAGGCUCUUUUAAGGGCCGACACAGCUUCCUCUGAAAGAGCUGGAGUGCGCAUCAGUUUAUCGGUGUGAGAAAAGGCCAAAUGGGGAAACUGCUUGGUGGCCAUAGGUUUCGUGGACUUCAAUUCCCAGAAGCCCUGGCAAGGAGGAAAAGGAUCAUGGGCAAUGUGGCCUCAGAGAAGGAAGAUCUGUCGCCCCUAGAUUACUUCCCCAUCAUAAACUGUAUAGAUCCACACGAGUCUACCGAUCCACCAGUUAAUUAAUUUUUCUGUGUAGGGAAGCCGGUUGAGCAGCGUUUGCGCGUUAAGAAAGAAAGUAUAGGGGAACUCUCGUGGAUUGCAGAGAAAAAGGGCCAUUCCCCCCCCCCCAAGGGUGUAAUGAA